CGCGAACCUUUCUAACAAGUUAUUUGCGGAAAGCCUGCGCGGUUCUCCGUUCACGUGAAUUCCGUGUUUUCACUUGGACGAACUAACAGGGCAGCAUGUGGAUUCAGGUGCGCACCAUGGACGGGAGGGAGACCCACCGGGUGGACUCGCUGUCCAAGCUCACCAAGGUGGACGACCUGCGGCUGAAGAUCUCAGAGCUCUUCAAGGUGGAGCCGGAGAAGCAGAGGCUGUUCUACCGCGGCAAGCAGAUGGAGGACGGCCACACCAUCUUCGACUACAACGUGGGGCUGAACGACAUCGUGCAGCUGCUCGUCAGGAACAAGAUGCCGGCCGUCGACGUCAUCAAGAGCAAAGACAAGGAGGCGGAGCUCUCCGACUCCGACUCCGGCUGCGGCUCCACCCAGAGUGAGUCCGACAAGAACUCCACCCACGGAGAGGCGGAGGCCCAGACGGCCGCCGGCCCCUCCGCCCAGACGGCCGGCUCGGAGCCCGGCGGCCCCCCGGAGCUCGUGGACCCGGGGUUCGGGUCCUACAAGAUCAAUGAGCCGGUGGACGCUCGGGACCUGAACAUGGGCGCCUGGUUCGAGGCCCAGAUCGUCAACGUCACCAAGACGACGGCGACACCCUCAGCGGAGGCUGCCGAGGCCCCGGCCGCCGAGGUGAUCCUGUACCACGUCAAAUACGAAGACUACCCUGAGGACGGCGUCAUCGAGCUGCUGUCCAGGGACGUGCGCCCGCGGGCCCGCACCGUGUACCAGUGGCACCAGCUGGAGCCCGGCAUGGUCCUCAUGGUGAACUACAACCCCGACGACCCCAAGGAGAGGGGCUACUGGUACGACGCCGAGAUCCAGAGGAAGAGGGAGACGCGCACGGCCAGGGAGAUCCACGCCAAGAUCCUCCUGGGCGAGGCCGGAGACUCUCUGAAGGACUGCCGCAUCAUGUUCCUGACGGAGCUCUAUAAGAUCGAGGAGGCCGGCGCUCUGGGCGACGCCCCCGCCGGAGCGGAGAGUCCCUUGAAGAGGUCCAACGGGCCCGAGUGUAAACACUGUCAGGACGACCUGAAGAAGAACUGCCAGUGGUGCAACUGCCACGUGUGCGGCAUGAAGCAGGACCCGGACAAGCAGCUGCUGUGUGACGAGUGUGACCUGGCCUUCCACACCUACUGCCUCAGCCCGCCGCUCAGCGGCAUCCCCGCCGACGACGACUGGUAUUGCCCGGGUUGCCGUAACGACGCCAGUGAGGUCGUGUUGGCUGGAGAGAAGCUGAAGGAAAGCAAGAAGAAAUCCAAGAUGGCGUCUGCCAGCUCCUCCAGCCAGAGGGACUGGGGCAAGGGGAUGGCGUGCGUCGGGCGCACCAAGCAGUGCACCAUCGUCCCCUCCAACCACUACGGGCCGAUCCCCGGCGUCCCCGUCGGCUCCUUGUGGAAGUUCAGAGUGCAGGUCAGUGAGACCGGCGUCCACCGGCCUCACGUGGCCGGGAUCCACGGCCGGAGCAACGACGGCGCCUUCUCCCUGGUGCUGGCGGGAGGCUACGAGGACGACGUGGACGAUGGAAAUGAGUUCACUUACACGGGAUCUGGAGGUCGAGACCUUUCUGGAAACAAGAGGACAGCUGAGCAGUCGUGUGACCAGACGCUGACCCACAUGAACCGGGCCGUGGCUCUCAACUGUAACGUCCCCGUCAACAACAAAAAUGGAGCCGAGUCCAAGAACUGGAAGCAAGGGAAGCCGGUGAGGGUGGUGCGCAGCUGCAAGGGCCGCAAGCACAGCAAAUACUCCCCCGAGGAGGGGAACCGCUACGACGGCAUCUACAAGGUGGUGAAGUACUGGCCAGCCAAGGGCAAGUCCGGCUUCCUGGUCUGGAGGUAUCUGCUGAGGCGUGACGACGAGGAGCCGGCUCCGUGGACCAGAGACGGGAAGGAGCGCAUCAAGAAGCUCGGGCUCACCCUGCAGUAUCCUGCUGGUUAUCAGAAGGAGAAGGAAAACAAAAAUGAAGUAGAGGAAGAGGAGGAGACACCAAGCAAGACAAAGAGGAAGAGGAAAUCUCAGGGCAGCGAUUCCUCAAAAACUUCUCCGGGAAAAACUCCCAAGAAAAGUAAAGUGGAAGUUUACAAACUCACGCAGGAGCAGAAAUCCCUCAUCAAGAACGACAAGUCCAACAAGAAGGUCUGGGAUGAAGCCAUGGAGUCGCUGGCUCUGGGACCGAAGUUCUUGAACAAAGUGGAAGAGAUCUUCCUGUGCAUCUGCUGCCAGGAGGUGGUGUACCAGCCCGUCACCACCCAGUGCCAACACAACGUGUGCCGGGAAUGCCUCCAGCGGUCCCUCCGAGCCGACGUGUCCACCUGCCCGGCCUGCAGACACGACCUGGGCAAGAACUCCCCCAUGGCGGUCAACCAGCCUCUGCAGGACAUCCUGCACCAGUUCUUCCCCGGGUACCACAGCGGCCGGUGAUCCGCCGGCUGACCUCAGUGAGCUGUCAGGGGGUUUCAGGAGAGGCAAUAAAGAAUCACUUCUCUUAAUAUAUUUUAUGACUAUAAAGCCGUUGUCGUGGGCCUCUUUGCUCCCGGUUCCACCUCUGAUCCGCCGGGCCGGUGGAGGAGUUGAACAUCCUUUGUCGCUGAGCCGUUUAUCUGUUCCAUUAACUAACGUCAUAUUGUGAAAUGUUUUAAAUCCCUCCACGUCGAGUCCAACGUGCUUUCACCUGCUUUGGAUAUUCUUUUUACGGCUUUUAUUAGAAUCUGGAUCUUAUCGUUUAUCGUUGGUUUGGUUGGUGCCGCUCUGGUGCAUUUAGGAAAAGAGAAGAGAGAUUUGAGUGUGGAGGCGGGGCUUAGUUGGGUUAAUUGGGUUGCAGUGGGUUACAUCUAGAAGCCUUUCCUGUGGGUGUUCUGCACAGAAUGCAGCUUCUGUUCGACAGACGGGUGGUGAGCUCUAAACUCGGGUCACACUGAAUGUUUGUCUCUGGAGCUCUGACUCGUCUCCACUGGACUCCGAUAGACAAUGAUGUAAUCGUGACAGACUUGCAGACCGAGUGAGUCGAGACCCGAUGGGAUGGAGGAGUGAACCACGCGGCUCAGACGGCCUGAGGACCGCGUUGAGUUGUUUUUCGCUCUGAGCAGACGGGAAGUCGGUGUCUGGUUGGCUUCUCUAACGAGUAUCCGUUGCUUGAAUAUUUCCAUACGGUAACUUUAUACCUGUGUAUUAAGUUCGGGAGGUUUUGAACUAUGAAUUUGAUGCAACCUGGAAAGCUAAACAAUGAACUGGUGAAGAUUUAAAUUCUCCCUGUUGUGAAAAGUCUAAAGAAACUAAAGUGCCGACGGAGAGUAAAGUAGGAGUCCUUUAAUUGGAGCAGUAGACCUAAAAGACACCAAAUCUAACCUGGCUAGAACGUUUUGUACCUUUUUUAAAUGAAGUUUUACUUCAUCUUUUAUAAUCCAUUACUGCCAUCUUUGUGAGGGGGGGGGGGGGUGUUGAGUCAAACUUGUGAUACCUGACUUAUUUACAAACAGGGAAUACUUGUGUUGAGAAGACAUGUUAAGGAACAUCCACACACUGCUCCUGAAAGACUAAAUUAUUAUAAUUUGUUAUUGACUACUUUUUCCGUUUCCUUUUUUCCUUCAUGAGUUGUUGGUGUUGAGCUUCAGCAGCAGUGUGUGACGCGGUCUUUCUACAUGCCGUGUGAGUUUUGAUGAAGACGCAUAUUUUGAUACUGGGAAAUGUAUAUUUUCUAAAAUUGUAUAAUUAGUAGUCCAUUGUUUUAGUUUUGAUAUGUAGUUUUAAAAUUGCUUGCACACUUUUUUGGUGCAACAAAUUGUCAAUACAUGUUCAGUGUUAUUCAAUAAAAAAAGUUUAAAUUA